AUGGCUGCUCGGGUUGCACGAAGGGGCCUUCUGAGCUUCUCUUUAGAAGAAGAGGAGCAAGACAACUCCCCAUCACAGCAGCAGCAGCAGCAGCAGCAGCAGCAGCAGCAACAGCAGCAACAACAACAGCAGCAGCAGCAGCAGCGCCGCCGGCGUUCCCGGGAAGAAAGCAGCCACAGCAGCCACAGCAGCAGUAGCAGCAACAGCAAACAUAAAUAUCGUGCUCUGCAGAGCAGCAGCAGCAGCAGCAGCAGCAGCAACAGCAGCAGCAGCAGCAGCCCCCACAGCUAUGAAACCGGUGCUGCCCCCAACCUUCCGAGCAAGAGCAACAGCAGCAGCAGCAGCAGCAGCAACAGCAGCAGCAGCAGCAGCAAGGUGGGUUUACUUAAGAUGGCCGACAUGACAGCAGCAAGAUUUAAACAAGAAGAAACAGCAGCAGCAGCACAGAGACAGCAAGAAGCGCUGCAAGCAGCAAUCCAGUCUCUCACGGACCGCUCCUCCGCCAACACCCGUAGCAGCACCAGCAGCAGCAGCAAGAAAGCCGCAGCAGCAGCUCCAGCGAGCAGCAGAAGCCGCCGCCGCAGCAGCAGUAGGAGUAGCAGCAGCACUAGGAGCAGUAGCAGCAGCAGCAUCAUGAGCAGCAAUAGCAGCAGCAGCAGCAAGAGUGUGUGUUUGUGCAGAGCAUUGAUUGGGUUUGUAGACCCUUCGGUACCGUCUGCUGCCUCUUCCUCUGCAGCAGCAGCCUCUGCAGCAGCAGCAGCAGCAGCAGCAGCAGCAGAAGAAGCGCCUGUUGCUGCACCUUUUGUAUUGACUUGCGGCAGCUUCAGCAGCAUAGGAAAGCGGCAGCAGAUGGAGGACACGCACCUCAAGCUGCUGCACUUCUCCCCCAACUCUGCUCUAUUCGGAGUAUUUGACGGGCACAACGGCAGCACUUUGUCGGAGUUUUGCAAGGCAAAUUUUCCCCGUGUGGUGGCUGAGCAGCUGGCUGUACACUGCAGCAGCAGCAGCAGCAGCAGCAGCAGCAGCAAGCGAGGGGGGCGUAGACGUAAGGAGCGGCGUCGCCGAGGCAGCAGCAGCAGCAGCAGCAGCAGCAGCAGCGACAGCGACAGCGACAGCUCCGCUGGAGGCUCACUUACAUAUGCUUCAUCAGGUUCACGAUCAGCAGCAGCAGCAGCAGCAGCAGCGCGGAAGGUAGAAGAAGCUCUAUCUGCUUCAUUUCUCGAGAUAGACGACGACUACCUGCAGAGACACCCCAAUGCACAAGACGGCAGCACUGCGCUGCUGCUGCUGCUGCAGUGGAAGCCUCCCUCCAAGAAGCACAAACGGAAGCAGCAGCAAAACUCAAGAACCAGCAGCAGCAGCAGCAGCAGCAGCAGCAGCAGCAGCAGCAGCAGCAGGACCCGAAAGAGGCCGCCGCUGCAGCAGCAGCAGCAGCUGCAGCAGCAGCAGCAGCAGAACACGGCACUGCUGAAUUAUUUGCAGCGCACUGAGUACAGGAGGCAGCUUAAAUCCAAUCAGAAGAACCAGCAGCAGCAGCAGCAGCAGCAGCAGCAGCAGCAGCAGCAGCAGCAGGACCCGAAAGAGGCCGCCGCUGCAGCAGCAGCAGCAGCUGCAGCAGCAGCAGCAGCAGAACACGGCACUGCUGAAUUAUUUGCAGCGCACGUCGGCGACAGCCGCGCGCUGCUCGUCCUUAAUCCAAACAGCAGCAGCAGCAGCAGCAGCAGCAGCAGCGAGGGGUUUGUGCAGCUAACAGAAGACCACAAGCCAACGCGACCCUGUGAACGAGAGAGAAUAGAAAGAUGCGGAGGAGUGAGUAUUGGGGGUACGGGUUUGUUUUUGGCCAUGUCGCGGUGUCUCGGCGAUUUUGCGCUUAAAAAGGUUUGUAAGAAACUCGUGCCUGCUGAAGCAGAGAUUAUGCACAGGCGUCUACAACCCUAUAAAGAUUUUCUUUUAGUUGCUGCGAGCGACGGGCUGUGGGAUGUAUUUACAAAUCAGCAGGUAGCAGCAUUUCUGCAGCAGCAAGUUGCUGCUCUUAGCAGCAGCAGCAGCAGCAGCAGCAGCAGCAGGAGGAAGCAGAAGCAAAGAAGAGACGCGUGGUAUUCAGACUCAGAGGCAUCUUCAUCAGAUGACAGCGAUAAACAAAAUCAAAAAGAAGACCCCGCGAAAAUAUGCAAAUGGAAUCAUGGUCUAUCGGGCUUAUACCUGCAGGAGUUAAGGGGGGUUUACGGAGCUGCAAUGCCGCCCUGUCUUCGUCCCGGCUGCCCCCCUGCCUCGCCAGCAGCAGCAGCAGCAGCAGCAGCAGCAGCGGCGGCAGCAGCAGCAGCAGCAGGGCCUGUGCAUGUUGUAAGGUAUCAGCAUCACCACGGCAGCAGCAAAAGAGGCAUCCGUCAUUUGUUUGCUUCUAGCAGCAAAAGCUGCUGCUCCCCGCCGCUGCUCGUGCAGCAGCAGCAGCACUUCCUGCUGCCGCCACCACCACCAACAGCAGCAGCAACAGCAGCAGCAGCAACAGGUCCACCCCACUGCUGCGGCCACGAUCCAGAAGAAGCUGAGAGCAGCAGCAGCAGCAGUCUUGAUCCAUCAAAUGACUCCGCUGCAGCAGCAGGAGCAGCAGCAGCAACAACAACAACAACAACAAGGCAGCAGCAGGCCUGGCAGCACCGCUGCGCCUGUGCAGGUGGACGUUCCCCCGUACACCGGAAGCAGCAGCAGCAGCAGCAGCAGCAGCAGCAGCAGCAGCAGCAGCAGCAGCAGCAAAGUCCUUUCUGCUGCAGCAGCAAAUCUGAAUUGAGGCCCUUGCCUCCUCUCACGGGGCUACCUCGCUUAGCAGAAGCACCAGCAGCAGCAACCCCUGCCGCCGCCGCCGCCGCCGCAGCAGCAGCAGCAGCAGCAACUGCAGCAACUGCAGCAUCAGCAACAGGGGGCUGUACCUUAACCGAAGACAGAAAGCUGCUGCACACCCUCAUUGACAAUCUGCAGCAGCUAUCAGUAAACCUUAAAGAGCUGCAGCAAAAAGCAGCAGCAGCAACGCUUCUUCAAGCUGCUGCCGAGCAUCCCCCCUGCUGCUCAUGUUCUGUCUUGCACCAGCAACAGCAGCAGCACCAGCAACAGCAGCAGCAACAGCAGCAGCAGCAGCAGCAGCAACAGCAGCAGCAGCAGCAGCAGCAGCAGCAGGAGUGGAGUGUGGGCCCUGAGACAGACUUGAAACCUUAUUGUUCUGCUGCUGCUCCUCUUCCUAUCAUCGACCCGCUGCCGCAGCCGCGUGCUGCAGCAAGAAGCAGCAGACAGCAGCAGCAGCGAUCAUGCGACAGGCAUAGUAGAAGCCCUGCAAGCAGCACUAGGUUUGUCUCUCCGCCUCACUCAAACAUUUCAGAAGCAGCAGCAGCAGCAGCAGCAGCAGCAGCAACGGGACAACAGCCAAAUAAUGUUGCUGCUGCUCCUCCUUGCCGUCAGUGGUCUCAUUCUUUCCCUUCCCCGCUGCAGCAGCAGCAGCAGCAGCAUCAGCAGCAGCAGCAGCAGCAGCGGCCUAUCUCGCCUUCUCCGCCCCCGCGCCAGUCUCCCACAGCAGCAGCAGCAGCAGCAGCAGCAGCUGCUGCUGCUGCUGCUGCACCUUGCCGGCCCUCUGUUCACUUUAGAGCACCAGUAGAAGAACUUGUUAUUAAUCGCAGCGACCCACCAGAUAUAAUACGUCGGAAAGAUGCAGCAGCAGCAGCAGCAGCAGCAGAAGCUGUAGCAGCAGUUGCUGCAGCAGAAGCAGCUCAAUGCGCACAAGCAAAAGAAGCGGCUGAUGCUGCUGCUGCUGCUGUUGCUGCUGCUGCUGCUGCUGGCUGCUGUCAUUCUGCUUUGCCAGGCCAAACAAUCGGUCGGAGCAACUCCGUGGCUUCGCUGGCCGCUAGCUGCUGCUGUUGCUGCUGCCCGCCUCCUGCUGCUUUUCCAGUGUCUGCGCAGCUGCAGCUGCUGCAGUCUCAGCAGCGCAACAGCAGCAACAACAACAGCAACAGCAGCAGCAGCAGCAGCAGCCACCAAGUGCCUCGGGUGUAUAUACCACCGCCUUCUCCUGCUUCUUCUCUUAUGCCUUUAAACUCCUUUGGAGUGUCAUACCCGACUGAAGUUGAGCCGCACAAUUUGCUGCUGCAGCAGCAGCAAGAAAGGGCUCGAGUGCAGCAGCUUAGACAACACCGCACUCAUAAAAUACAACCAUCCUCUUCCUCUGCUGCUGCUGCUGCUGUUGCUGCUGCUGCUCCUGCUCCUGCUGCUGCUGCUGCUCCUGCUGCUGACGCCCCAACGGGGCCUCUCACAGCAGCAUCCCCCAGCACGCCACGCAAACACGAAAACAGGCAGCAGCAGCAGCAGCAGCAGCAGCAGCAGCAGCAGCAGCAGCAGCAGCAGCGCCUUGCUUCGCCCCAGCAACAACACAGCUGGACGAAAAAUUUUUCAAAGCAGCAGCAGCAACCACUGAAGAAGAAAUACAACAAAUAUGAAGCUCCUGCUGCUGCUGCUGCUGCUGCUCCGCGAAGCAGCAACGGCUUGCUUCGCCGAACUCCGCUGCUGCUGCAGCAGCAGCAGCAGAGACUGCAGCGGCUGCAGCAGCAAAUGGAUCAGGAGGCAGCAGCAAGGCAAACGAAGGCACUUCCAGCACGAGAUAGGAAGCACCCAGACCAGCAGCAGCAGCAGCAGCAGCAGCAGCAGCAGCAGCAGCAGCAGCAGCCUUGGCCAGUCCUUGCAGGGGCCUCUAGCUGCCUAUACACCUGA